UUGGUGCCUUUAUGCGUUGUCUCCAGCAGGUUUGUGUACACGUGCUGGCGGGAGGGGGGGGGAGGCGAGAUUCGUAAUUUUGGGAUGCCUCCUCUGCCCAUCCUGUUUCUUACAUCCGGUAGUGGGGGCCUUGCAGGCUCUCGCGACUGCGUGGGGGGACUACACGUUUGCAGACAGGGACUGCAAAGCUCUUGUCGGAUACCUUAACGAUCAAAGGCGGCUCUGCGAUGAGAAUGGCUACAUAGUGUCGAUCGGAAGCUGGGAAACCCCGACGGACCGGUUCCAGAUCUCCGGCAUUCCAGAGGAGAUCAGCGUGCUCACCCACCUCACCACAAUAGCUUUACAGGGAGUGACCUUUAAAGGUACACUGGGUCCUCUGGCGAAACUCCCCAACCUCCAGCAACUCGUGAUGAUCUACUUCCCCAUCAACGCAAUCAUUCCCGGCUCAUUUAGCCAGCUCUCCAAUCUCCAUUACCUGAAUCUCAGGGACACUUGGAUUAGAGGCUCCAUCCCGGCACAGUUGGCCCAAAUUCCCCUCAUUUAUUUCAAUGUGUACAACACCAACUUGACUGGCGCAAUCCCCUCCUUUGCCAACUGCACUGACAUGGAGUAUUUGAAUCUUGAUGCUAUUGGGCUCACAGGCGUCCUUCCUCCGUGUCUUGGUGCUGCUCCCUUGAGUGACAUGGGUUACGGCCCUGGGAUCAAGUGCCCUGCGGAUGGGGGCAGCUGCGAGGUGCAGCAGACGAGCGACAGCGUGUUCUGCACUGCCUGCAACAGCUUCUGCCAGACGUGCAUCCCAGUGCCUGAGGACCAAGCCCUCCCCUCUACGGCCCUCCCUUCCGAAGCUCUCCCUUCCGAAGCUCUCCCUUCCGAAGCUCUCCCUUCUGAAGCUCUCCCUUCCGAAGGUCUCCCUUCUGAAGCUCUCCCUUCUGACGCUCCCGCUUCCGACGCUCUCCCCUCCAACACUCCCCCUUCCGAAGCUCCCCCUUCCGCAGCUUCCCCUUCCGAGGCUCUCCCACCGGAUAGUACAAUCCUUCCGCCACUUCCUCCCCCCACUCCUGAACCCACCAAUGGCACCGCUUCCAACAACUCAGAUACCAGUCCCAACCCCACCACCGAUACCACCAAAACAACUGCCAAUAACAACACCGCCAUCACCACCAUUGACAACUCUUCUUCUAACCCCACCAGUGUUGCUUCCUCCAGCUCUGGGCUGUCCACCGGGGCGAUUGUGGGCAUCGUGGUGGGCGUGCUGCUGCUGGUCGUUGGUGUUGUUGCCGUUGUCUUCAUCGUUAUUCAGUGCAACAACAGGACCAAAGCUGUUGAGGUGGAAUACGCUGCUCAGGAUGGAUAUGCUAGUUACCAGCCUGGUGUUGCUGCACAGGUGUAAUCCAGGUUUCAAUGCCUGCUGCACCCACAGAUUCUGCGGGCCUCUUGUGAAAUCUCCCAAUCGAAUUUGCGUGAUGUGGCACGUACAGGAAAUGCGGCUGCUACUAGAAUAUUUGGGAGGGAUUUAUGGGGUUAUUGACCACAGUGGGAGAAACACCUUGAAAAAGGAGUUAUAGAAUUGGGGGUAGCAGGAGCUAGCAGGGGUGUUGACGAAGUGUUUUGAAUUGCUAAGUGUGUGUGUUUCAUCUUGAAUUUCGUAGGAUGCAUACGUAUUAGCGGAGAUGAUAACGCUUGGAAAUCAGGAAAAACAGCACCGUAGGGAGAGUAGGGAGAAAGGAAGCUAAUCUCUUUUGCCUUCGGAUUUCUUCCCUGGCUGAAUGACAUCGAUGACCUCGAUGGACAGUGUAGAGCAGGCCCCAAGAUUCGUUU